AUGAUUUCUGCAGGCGUACGCGCCUUUCAUCCAACCCCAGAAGAAGACCCUGAGCGCGAGCGAAUCCGCGAUUUGUCAAGACCAUUCCCAUCACCUGGUGCGACGCCUUCGGAUGAAGAUACGCCCGUAGGGUGCGAGCUAGCAAAGGACAUUACCCUCAACGCACUCGCCCAGCUCGGUGUCUUCCGCUUCAAUGCCAAUCGCAGCUUUGUGUCCAUAAUUGACGGCGAUAUUCAGUGCCCAGAUGACGGGCAUGACGGGCUCAGUAUCGCUACGAGACAAGAACUGUCACAAACCAGGAGAUGGUAUCUAUCCUGGAGCACGGUCGCUGGACCUGAUCUGGGGCAUCUCACCCUGGAGGAUAGCUUCAUGGACCGACUUUAUGUCCGAGAGUGGCCGCACAUGCGCUUCUACGCAGAGGUGCCUCUGUUCAGCGCAUCUGGAUACGUUCUGGGCUCUUAUUGCAUUAUCGAUGACAAACCUUGGACGUACUUUGGAGGCGACCAGGUCAAUGACCUCCAGGAAGUGGCGGAUGCUAUCGGACUGCAUCUGGAGAACUCUAGUGUCCAUGCAGCAAAUCACCUACCACAUGAAAGUGCGGCCACCACUGCGGACGCUGACGACUCAGUCACCACCCCGGAUCUUGAUGUGCCAUUGGGUCACGCUGUUCAAUGCGUUUCUCCCGAAUCACCACCAUCGUCUUCCUCGACGGUCGCCGGGGGAGAAUCUGUGUUUUUCUUGCAGGAUCAACACUGCAUGACCGAGUCUUCAUCACUGAACUCGGGUUACUCAGAUCGACCAGUGGUGCUGAGCCCUGGCGAAGGAAAGUCGAUGGGCGAAGUACUCAAGUCAGGAGACACCGGUGCACCCCGGGGUAUUGAUCAGGGCUUCUCGAAGUUAUCGUUGACCGAGAUCAUGCCCAUAUAUGAACGCAUUGCAUCGAUCUAUUCGCGUGCAAGUGCGUUGCUCCGGGAUUCCAUGGAUCUAGACGGGAGUUGCAUUUCUCGAUGCUUGUCCAACUGA